AUGAGCUGGAACACUCUACCCGCCGAGCUCCAAACCCAAGUCUUCGCGCACCUCGCCAACAUCGACCCCGAAGUCGAAAGGCACUAUGAGGAAUGCCCGCCACACAUGGGAGAAAACCGUGCACCCGCGAGGAAAAGGCUGUGGGGGUACACCGUGAACUAUUUCCUAGUAUGCCAAUCCUGGAGAACCGAGCUCCGAAAGGCCCUGGUGUGCGGGGAGGCGAGACAAGCACUCCUUCAUUUCGGGCCAGAAGAACUGGCCCUGGAAGCACUGAGGACCUUUUACGAAGAUCCGCGAAACAAGGACGUGGACAUGGUGCCCAAAUCCUUUGAGCUGGCGAUGGCCACACAGCGCCCCCUAGUCUCCUGCAUGGAGUACCUGAUUGAGAAUGGCGCGGCUGUCGCGGCGGCGAUAAGCCCGGACUACCGCCUGCUGGUAUCGUAUACGGUCGAGAAGCAGAACAUGGAAGCGACGAAGCUGCUCCUCGAGCACAAGGCGCCUGUCGAAGCCCGAGGCCGGCGCUGGGGCAGCGGCGACCCCUGCCAGAACACACCGCUGGGAAUGGCAAUCCUGCACGACCAGCUCGAGUUCGCGAAGGUCCUGAUGGAUGCAGGCGGUGAUCCGGAAGCGCCGAUUGACCACCCCGGCGGCAUUGAGGACGCGGCGCAGCUGCUUGCGCGGAGGGAAGACACGGCGCUGUUGGAUCUUAUUUUGAACCACGAGGAUGAGAAUGUGCGGUUUCGGCUCCGCGGACGGAACGCCAGCUAUCAGGAACAUGGGCGGAUGGAGUAUAUUGAGGAGGACGAGAUGGUCUUUGGGCGUUGGGUGCAGCCGACUGGGCAGCCGCGGCAUCCGCUCACUAUUGCCAUCAAGGCUGAUAAUGUGGAGGAGGCGAGGUUGCUUCUGGCGGCGGGGGGACGGUUGGACUUUAUGCGUAGGGGGAUUGCGGAUGCGAAGAGCGAGGAGAUGCGCGAGUUGCUGCGGUCUUAUUGCUGA